CGAUAUGAGAGCUCGGUGUGUUUCAAGACAUUCAUAUCUUCACGACUUCGAACUCGACCACAUUCACGCGGCAACCUGAACCUCCAAGAACUACAACAAGCAAAAUGACCACCCAAGACAAAACCCAAGAGCUCCUCCAGCUCCUCAGCAAAGCUCAAGACCUCGCCCAAGACCUCGCCUCCUCCAACGCCCUCGACCCCAAAACCCAAGCCCACCUCACUCAACUCUCCAAAACCCUCCACCAAACCCUCCAACCCCCCGUAGCCCGCAUCGCAGACACAAUCCAAUCCCCCUACCAACUCGGCGUCCUCGCAACAGCCCUCUCAGCCGGCUGGCUCGAACAUCUCCACACCGCCGGCCCCUCAGGCCUCACAAUCAACGACCUCGCCUCCAAAUCCUCCACAUCCCCCUCCCUGACCCUCCGUCUAAUCCGCUACCUCAGCGCCUCCAACCUCCUCACCCAACUCUCCUCCUCUCCAGAAACCUUCUCCACAACCCCCACAACAUCCCUCCUCACCACCACCCCCGGCCUCUCCAGCGGAAUAAAACAUGCAAUCCACUGCUACGCCCUGCCCGUCUCCAAAAUGCCCGAAUUCUUCCAAAAACACGGCUACAACGAACCUUCGGGACCAGAGAACUGUCUCUAUUCUUAUGCAUAUGGUCGUUCACAUUGGGAAGCUACGACGAAACAACCAGAGAUUGCGAAGUGGUUUAAUGAAUUCAUGGCCAUGGCGACGUUUAGUAUGAAGAGUUGGGUGGAUGUUUUUGAUGUGGGGAAACUAAAAGUUCAAAUCAAAAAUGAGGAUGCUGAUGGGAACAAAGACAAGGAAAAUGGGGAGGGGAUUAUGUUAAUCGAUGUCGGAGGCGGGCGAGGCCAUGAAUUGGAGAAAUUGGCAAAAAGGAAAAAUGAAUUGGGAAUGAAAGGAAAAUUAAUAUUGCAAGAUCGAAAAGAAGUCCUCGAACAAGUUCCAUCAGAAUGGAAAGGAUUAUUCGAAAAGGAAGUGCAUGAUUUCUUCAAACCGCAAGAGGAGAAAUUUUGGGGGGCGAGGACAUAUUAUAUGCGAAAAAUCAUGCACGACUGGACAGAUCUCCACUGCUCAACAAUCCUCAGCCAUCUCCGCGAUGCGAUGAAACCAGGGUAUUCGACGUUGCUGAUCAAUGAUAUUGUCGUUCCGGAACGGGAUUGUCAAUUGCGGACUGCGUCGUUGGAUUUGAUCAUGUUGACGGUGUGUGCUGGGAAGCAGCGGACGGAGAAAGAGUGGCAUGAGUUGGUUGAAGGCGUGAAAGGGUUGCAGAUUGUGAAGAUUUGGCCUUUGGAGGAGAGUGGUGAGAGUGUGAUUGAAGUGGUUCGUGGAGAUUGAUCCGGGUGGUAGGAUUUUAUUUCGUGCAGGUCAGAGAUAUCGUCCGGGAUGGGGGAUGUCCGAUGUCCCGUUGUGAGCGCUGCUGUGGCUCGGGAACCCUAG